UGUGUUUAUUUAAAGUGUCUCAGGUCCUGGUGACCCUUAACUGAGAGAGAAGCUACAAGAGUGGCCACCUCCUGGGAGGAAGGUUUGGAGCCUUUUGGGGUUGGGGGCAGAUCUCCACCGCCUCCCCGACCUGCCGCUGCCCUGGAGAAGGAGGACAGGAGGGGUCAUGGACAGGGAGGGCCCUGCCCCAGCAGGACCUGGCAAGGGGCUUGUCGGAGGAGAUCGCAGGGCUCUGGGAACUGGGAGGGUGCUGGGCAUCAGGAGAGAGGAAGAGAGUUCUCAUGAAGAACGACUGGAAAGGGAGUCAGCACAGGCCAAGAACCUGGAGUCAUCACCUUCCACAAAAUUCAGGGGACACAACUUCUAGAGCUGUGGGACAGACAGGACUGAAAUGCAGCGCUGGUCACUUCUUGGGUAGUGUGGACAUGCUGGACUCACCUGAGAUCCAAAGUCACACCCUCAGAUCUUGCACUGGCAGCACACGGGGACACAGCAGCUGGACUGGGAACAGCAGGGUUUGCAGCAGGUGGACUGGAAGCAGGAUGACCCACAGCCUGAAGAGCAACAGGGCUUGCAGCAGCUGGACUGGCAGCAGGAUGACCCACAGCCUGAGGAGCAGCAGCAGGGCUUGCAGCAGCUGGACUGGCAGCAGGAUGACCCACAGCCUGAGAAGCAGCAGCAGGGCUUGCAGCAGCUGGACUGGCAGCAGCCACAAGAUCCACAGCCCCCUUUGGAGCCCCCACAAGAACUACAACUCCCCUUGCUGCUCCCACAGGAGCCACAGCCCCCCUUGGAACCCCCACAGGAGCCACAGCUGGAGCAGGAACAGGCUGGCACACAGCAGCACACGGGCUUGCAGCAGCAGACAGGCACACAGCAGCUGGAGCCACAGCCCCCACAGCUGGAGCCACAGCCCCCACAGCCAGAGCCACAGCCUCCAGAGCAGCCACAGCAGCCCAUGGUUCUGGUGGGUUGAGGGUGGAGCAGGUAGAGGAGCAGGUGAGAGGCAGGUGCAGGUGUGGAGCUUCCUGAGCCUGGGCCCUUCAUAUGCCUGCCCAGGGUCAGGAGUGAUGCUGGACACACAGUCAUUUCCUGGUUCCUGUUUGUGCCGUUUCCUUAGGGAAACUGUUUGUUUGCUUUAUCUUAAAAUACCUUAAAACAACCUCAGGUGUAUAUAGUUUUGCACUUUUUCUUUAGUUCAUGAUUUUCCUCACAUGUCCUCUGAAAAAUGACAAGACCCCUGUCCUUCUGUGCCAGUGAGGGCAACGGGAACAGGGACUUGGCUUUGAUGCUGUGCUCAUCCUUGCUACCAGUGUUCAUUUCCUGGGGCUGCCAUAACAAAUGGCCCCCAACUGGAGCCUUAACAUGGACAUUGAUGCCUCGCAGUUCAGGCAGACGGAAGUUCAAGAUCAAGUUCUCCAUGGGACACGCACUCUAUGAAGGCUCCAGGGGAGGAUUCUUUUUGCAUCUUCCAGCUUCUGAUGGUGGCCAGACAUUCUUCACUUGUGGCUGCAUCCUUCAUCUCUGCCUCUAUCCUCAAGUGGGCUUCUCCACUGAGUGUCUGUGUCUCACCUCCUCCCCUCCUUUCUC